AUGGACACAAAGUCGAUGCACGGAACGUGGGUGAAUGGCAUCAAACUGACGAGCGGAAGGCGAUUAAUCUUGGAGGAUGGAGACUUGGUCACAUUUGGAACCAAGGUUGCUCGAGGCAGUGAUGCAUACGAACCCCUGACAGUCCGCCUAGGUCUUUCAUGGCAGAAAGCAGAUAGUUUACCGAUGAAUAUCCCAGAGAAGGAAUCUGAGCGCCGUUCGACCAAUACGUUUGUUGUGCCUGACGAUGACGACGAGGGGAGCGACGGGGACUUUGAAAUUGAAGUCGAGGGUGACUACCAUACAGAAAUUGACGAUCCAAAAUGUGAUUCUCCAGAUGUUACAUCUGUUGCUCCUUCGCCUAAUUCGUGCGUCGGCGGGCAAGUUGUCGAUUCUCCAAUAACCCUUCCUACCACUCAUAUGGAAAACAGUUCGAAACGAGACGACUCCCCCCUCUUCGUUCAGGACGAUGAUGGUGAUGACAGCGGGAAUCCCGGUCCAGUCGUAGAAGGUAGCAAUGUGCUAGAUAUUUCAGAUCCUGGUUUCUACGUGGAGAUCGAUGAUUCGACAUCUGAUGAAUCGGAAGAUUCUGGGAUCGAGUCGUUAGAAGAUCAACGGGAUGUACUGCCAGAUCGAUUUCACAGCCGCGAAGCCCCGUUCACUGAGACGGGCGACAGUACUAGCGCCACGGCUGCGGACGUUUUGAGGCGGAUGGGUCAGACUGCCCUCCCAUCUACCCCGGAAUCAAUGCAUCGUGAUGAGAAGCCAACCUUGCCGGAUUAUGGAAAGCCUUUGAAUAUGUCAACAAACGCAGAAGCCGAACGGCCACGUCUCCAAUCAGAGCGCAACUCGAAGCAACCACUCCGGGCGCCACCUUACUCACCUGAGCAAAUCCGGGCUAAUAACGACGUUGCGGCCUAUUUAGAGAGAGUAACCAUGGGUUGCGGUACUGCAUCGCUGCUCAGAAACAGGCAUCAAGCGUUACAUGGUUCCCUUGCUUGGCCCACGUUUCCUCAGCGGCCUGAGCUAUCAGCCUCCCCAUAUAUGGAGGGACCCUUUGCUGGAAGCGGCGCGCCAUACGUCCCGAUGAAUACCUCCCACAACCGCACUGGUUUCGGACGUGAAUUGCCUCUGCCCCCAUUUGAGUCACGCGGUAUGGAAGCACUUCAGGGCAAUUACGAGGGAGCGAAUGAGACUAGCGCACAAGCCUCAGGACGCUACCCGUACGCAGACUGGUGUAAUCUCGAUCCCAAGGAAAUUGCACCUGGAUCAAAUGGAGAGAAGAUUUCGGCACGCGGCAAUGACGUACAGGAUUUAUGUGAUCAACCGGGCCCAGGAAAAAAGAAGUCGUUGAAAAGGAAACUCGACGAGACAGAUCUUUCCCAAGGCCAAGAAGCGGAUGCUAGCAAUAGCAGUGAAGUGUUGCCCGAUGCCCAACCCCACGAGAGUUCGCAGAAAUCGGUACAAUUCGAGUCACUCAUAACUGAAAUGCCCAUGGAGGAAGACGGGUCAAAAACCGCCCCAGGUACAGCUGAUAAUGAGAGGCCCAAGAAACUAGCGAAAAUGGCCAACGAACGUCCUUCGCGAAUGCAGAUUGUUGCGCGAUAUGCAGCAACAGCUGCCGCAGGUGCAGUGGUGGGAGGUGUUGGAGCUAUCAUGGCCCUGGCGUCUCUCCCUGCUGACUUCUUCAAUUGA